UGAAUAAAGUAAUUCAGUGUACAUGAUUUGAUUGAUUUAAAUGUGUUUGUAUUACAAUGUCAAAGCAAAUGCUGAAUACAAAUUGCAACGUAGAAAUGCCCGUCAGUGUCAUGUUGCGUGUUCAACUUGCACUUGUGAUUAUUCAUAAUUGUCAUUGAAAUAAUUGAAAUAGUUUGUAAUUGAAUAGCGAGAAAAUAUGUCAAACAUAAAUCGAUCCUUCCUUCUCGGGUACUUGUGCCUAAUUAUUCUAAAAUAUUGCAAUGGAGCAACGUCCGAUAUUGAAUUGGACGCAAAGGCACAAGCUUUACACAUUUUAGAUAGUUUAAAUCUUUUAUUAUAUACAAUGUUAUUAAUUUUAACUGUAUUAACAAUAUGGACAUUUAAACAUCGCCGCUUGAGGUUCCUUCAUGAAACGGGUCUCGCUGUCAUUUACGGUCUCAUAGUAGGAGCGAUAAUCCGAUUCGGAUUUAAACCAAAUAGUAAAAAUUUAUCCAUGUUCGUUGAGCCUAGCAGUCCAAACAAUUACCACGACACAGUGCCGCCAGACACUUUAUGGUUGCAUUUUCCUGAAGAUAAAGGCGGAGGUGUCGUUAAGAAUAAAACGUUCGCUUACAAUUUUCGCGGUGAAAUUUUCAAACGGGGCAAUGAUAUUGACCUUAAGGCGACCUUCGACCCCGAGAUAUUUUUCAAUAUAAUCCUGCCUCCUAUUAUCUUCCAUGCAGGCUACAGUUUAAAAAGGAAAUACUUUUUUCGCAAUUUAGGAGCUAUUUUAACCUAUGCUCUAAUUGGUACGACGAUAUCGUCUUUCGUUAUUGGGAUUUUGAUGUACGGCUUUAUACAACUUAUACCGCAUUUGUCUACGUCGUUCACAUUUUUGGACACUCUGUAUUUUGGAGCGCUAAUUUCACCUACUGAUCCGUUGACAAUCAUUUCGAUAUUUAAUGAUUUACACGUCGACGUUAAUCUCUACGCUUUAGUAUUUGGUGAAAGCGUUUUGAAUGAUGCAGUUGCUAUUGUACUUAGCGGAUCCAUACAGCAUUAUCGUUCACAGUCUGUAUCGGGUGGAUUCGAAACUUUCGCUUUCUUCCGAGCUCUCGGCGAUUUCGUUGGGAUAUUCAGCCUGUCGCUGUUUAUUGGCGCUACAAUGGGAUGCAUCACGGCAUUGCUUACGAAAUUCACGAGAGUUCGAGAUUUUCCACUUUUGGAAUCGGCUUUAUUCGUUCUUAUGUCAUAUAGUACUUUCCUCAUUGCCGAAGCAUCGGAUCUUACCGGUGUUGUUGCCGUCUUGUUCUGCGGUAUAUGCCAAGCUCAUUAUACCUACAAUAAUCUAAGUCCAGAUUCUCGCCAAAGGACAAAACAGUUAUUUGAGUUACUCAAUUUUUUAGCAGAGAAUUUUAUAUUCAGUUACAUUGGUGUGUCGAUGUUCACGUUUCCAAAACAUCGAUUUGAUCCUGGUUUCAUGUUCGCGGGAUUCUUUUGUGCCAUGUUGGGACGAGCAGUGAAUGUUUAUCCUCUCUCUUUCUUAAUGAAUUUGGCAAGAAAGCCCAAAAUUUCAUUAAACUAUCAGCACAUGCUGUUCUGUGCUGGCUUACGUGGUGCAAUGAGUUUUGCCCUGGCGAUUAGAAAUACAGUUUCGGAAGCCAGACAAGCUAUGCUAACCACCACUAGUCUCAUCGUCAUAUUGACGGUAAUUUUCCAAGGUGGAGCAACCACGCAGUUUUUAAGCUGGUUCAAAAUACCAGUCGGUGUGGAUGAAGAAGUAGAGGGUUUAUCGCAUAACGGCGUCAGAAGCAUGUACAAUACCGUGGACACAACCGAAUCCGGUGGCGAAGGUGGCUUUGGCGAUCUGGAUAUGCGACGGGAGAGAAGUCCCCCGUACAAUUCUAUGCAGGAUGGACCAUCGUCGGCACCUGGGUCAAAGCCAAAUGAAAAAGCCCUUCUCGCAAGGGUUUGGGGUAAUUUUGAUACCCGUUUUAUGAAACCGCUAUUGACGCAUUCGCGACCUACGCUUCUGGAAACUUUGCCAGUUUGCUGUGGUCCAGUAGCUAGGAUUCUUACUACUACGCAACAAAUGACCCAGGAGGACUUGGGACGAAGAGUGGAUUCAGAUUCGGAUCUCUGUCUUGAUGAUCGCGAAAUUGAAAGACGAAGAACAAAUAGUAUUCAACCGACACAAGUAUGGAGUACCAGAAAAGAAAGUGUAUAAAUAAAAAAGCUGGCUUUUGUUUUUUCUGUGAAUCGGAAUAUUAUACUUCGUGUUUUAGUGUUUGUCUACAAUAAUUAUAUUUAUACAAGAGUGACACCCUUUUAAGUUGUAUAUUUCACUAUUUUAUCAUGAGAAAAUUACCUGCGUAUUUUGUAAACGUUUUUUUUUUUUUUGUUGCUUGCUUGCUUUUUCUUUGAACAAAUCAAAUGAUAUACAUGAUAUAAACGAAUUUUUUUUAGAGAAAAAGAUGAUGCAUGAUUAUUAAUAUAUAUUUUUUCAGAAUAUCGUUAGUUUUCACUUUUUUUUAAAUGUACAGCAUUUAAUUAAUUUAGUUUCGUGUCAAGCAAGCAGACUUAAUCAGGUAGAUGGAUCAGUAUUAAAAAAAUCCAAGUAUAAUUACGAUGAUACGAUAUGUAUAAAUAUUUUGGAGCAAAGAUUUUAUUAGUUUUAGUGGAAAAUUUAAAUUUCUAUUAAUAUUUAGUUUAAUGCAUUGUUUUCUUGUUUUGUUUGUAAAUGCAGGUUGAUUUGAAAAUCAUUUUUUCGAAUAGUUAUAGAGUUCAGUAUAAUAAUUAGUAAUUACUACUUCUGUAAAUUAGUUUCUUGUUGUAAAAUUUAUUCUCGUGAAAAGGAGGAGUAAAAGAUUUAAAAGAAAAAAAUAAGGAUAUGAACAAAAGAGUUAUUUUUAUAAACUUUCUUUACAUUACAUUAAGUUUCUUGCCUAAAAUAUAAAUUUAAUAUUACAUAUGUAGCUUUAGAUGUUGUAGCAAUAAAAUAAAAAUAUUAUUACUACUUUUCAAAGUCUUUUCAAAGUCUUUUCAAAGUAGCCUGCAUAAUAAUUUUGAGAAAAUUUAUGUUCUUCAAUUAUUAUUUUUAGAAGAUAUUUUCGUUCUAAACUAUAUAUUUGUAUAUAAAUUAUUAAUGAAAUUAAAGUAGGUUCUUGAUAUAUUUAAUAUAAUUCAUAUGGAACAGCUGGAAACUGUGACAGGAGAAGUUGGUCUGGGACCACUGCAACUGCAUACACGCGUCGUCCUGCCAGGUUUCAUUGGCAGACACUUAUAAUUAUCAUUAUUAUUAUUAUUAAUAAUCGUCUUUCAACAAAAAGUA